AUGUGCACCGAUCGCCGCUUCUACUUUUACUUUUGUAACCACUUCUACGAAUCCGCCGAACUCGGAGCUCGACGACGUAUCAAGAUCUGCAAGGCCGUCCUGAAGGCUUUGAGAACCGCAGACCUUGUCGUACCAUUUGAGGACCGUGAUCUCACAGAGGAGAACGAUUACACGCUGCCGUCUGGGAACACGAACAGUGCCCGAAGUGCAAGCAACACGACGCCGAAGACCGACUGGAAACCCGCCUCCAUCGAGAACGUCAAGAUCUUCAAAGAGGCAGAUAUAACUCAAUACAAGAAUCAACGAGCGGCGAUCUUCAAGCACUGGGUCUGGGAGGACUGGGAGGAGCUCCAUGGAACCUUGAUGAGAACUCUUGCCGACGACUACAAGGAACGCAGCGUCCCGUAUUCCCGAGUCGAUGACAGCCACAAGGAGGACGACGAGAGCAUGACUGAUGGGGAGGAUGAAGAUGACCGACCUUAUGACGACCUUGAGCACGCGUACGCAAGUGUUGGUCGUCGGGGUUAG